AAAAAAAGCGAGCAGUCUUUUUUUCAUUCUGAGACACACAUACAAAAGCCCCUCUCCUUCAAAUAGCACAAAAACAAAAACCUCUACAAGUUGCCACUGUGAAUCAGAAUGAGCCAGAAAUGGACGUUGUGGCCAGGCAAGCCAGAUGCCAAAGCACUUGAGGUGCUGCCAAAUCAGCGCGCACCCCAGGAGACGAGCAUCUUUGCGACCAAACGCGAGAAGCCGCUGUGGAACAUGAGACCGGACUUGAAGGCGGACAACCAAGGGGCCCACUGGACCGAGUCUCAGGUCAUGAAGCUGGACGACAACCAGCACAUGCACCAGCCACCAUCGGCGUCGGCCUCAUUCAUUGAAGCCGUCUCUGGCGCCGGCCGCUCUGGUGCAUCGUCUGCAGAUGUUCUCAGCUCGCCCAUUGGCACACACGCGCGCGUCGACAGGCAGCACUUCCGCCCAGAGUCGGCGAGCAUUCCCGCGACUCCCCUCGAUAGCGAGACGGUGAGAAUUCUCGCACAGUACCACUAUCUGCCACACGUUGUCGCGACCCUCAGCCAGGACGCGCCAGACUCUCGCCGGUAUCUUGAUCACGCCUACCCUUUGCACCCCGCAGGCUCCACCGAGAUGAUUGUUCAAGAUCUUGUUCCCGCCGCCGGUGGUAAUAACGAUGCACGGAGCUGGGUUGGCCAGUUCACCCAGUCCAGUCCGGCUCUGCAAGCGCAGCUGCUCGAGACCUUGCUGCGCUGCUGUUCCUUGUCUCAACUGCGCGUGGCAGAAUCUCUCCUCGAGCCGCUCUUCCGAAGAGAUUUCAUUUCCUUGCUACCACACGAGCUUGCUCUGUCUAUUCUUCAACACCUGGAUGUCGAUACCCUCAUAACUGCCGCCCGCGUCUCGCGCUCAUGGCGACGAGUGAUUGAUGACGAUGCAAUGUGGCGACUCAAGUGCGAUCAGCUGAAAAUCGAUGAUUCCUUCUUCCUGCAGGCCGUGCCUCGCCCGGUGAACUUGCCUGACUUUCUGGCACCAAGGAUUUCUUGGAAACGUCGAUGCCUGCUUCGGCGCUGGUCAGACCGAAACUGGAAGUCUGCAAAGUUCAACGCUUGGGCCAUGUACGGUCACGGCGAAGCCGUCAUUACCUGUCUGUUGCUUCACGACACGCACAUUAUCAGCGGCGCCGACGACCGAACCGUGCGCAUCUGGUGCGCAGUCUCCGGCAAUCUUUUGCGCACUCUGCAUGGUCACACUGGCGGCGUUUGGUGCUGUCAGGCUCGCGACGCUUUGAUUGUUAGCGGUUCUACGGAUCGGACUUUGAGGAUUUGGAAUAUUCAGCAAGGGAAACUCGUCGGUGUUCUGGAAGGCCACAGCUCUACUGUGCGCUGCUUGUGCUUGACCGACAAGUACGUCGUGAGUGGUUCCCGCGACCAAACACUGCGCAUUUGGAGCUUGCAAACUGUGCGUGUUCUGACCGGUCACACGAUGGCUGUUCGCUGCGUCUGCGUUUCCGACGACCUCAUCGUGUCUGGCUCGUAUGAUUUCACGUUGCGUGUCUGGGACUUUGCAACGGGAUCAUGCUUGCACGUCCUCACGGGUCACCUGCAAAACAUUUACUCGCUUCAAUUCGACGGCAACCUGAUUGCAAGCGGCUCGCUGGACUCGUUCAUCAAGAUCUGGGAUGCUCGCAGCGGCAAGAACAUCUUCACGCUCGAAGGCCACCAGUCGCUGGUCGGCCAGAUGCAGCUCCGCGGAAACAUUCUCGUGUCUGGUAAUGCGGAUUUCAUGCUCAAGGUCUGGGAUGUCACGACGGGCAAAUGCCUGCACACCCUUCGCGGUCACGACUCUGCCGUCACGUGCGUGCAAUUCGACGACGAGAAAAUCGUUUCGGGCUCGGAUGAUGGUCACAUCAAAGUGUGGGAUCUCAAAACGGGGCAGCUCCUGCACAACCUUGUCACGCUGGGCCCAGAAGCGGUUGUCUGGCGACUGCAGUUCAACGAAACACGGUUGGUGGCCGCCAUCAAAGGCGGCUCAUCCUUCCCCGUCACAACCACGCAGACCCAUGCCCACCAGGGUGGCACGAUGCAGUACACGGUGGUUGACCGGGAUCUGAGUUUGCCAAACAAUGCGCAGGUCGUUGGCUCCAUCACGGCGAACGCGGACAAUCCCGUCCAACGCGCCCAAGAAGAACGGUUGUUCGAGGCCAUCACCGAGCUUGGCGGCACGCCCAACGCAAACGGUACACGCAUAUUGAUGCUCAACUUUUUGGAGAAGGACGCCUGGAAGGUCGCCAGCUCAACCAUUCCGCGUCACGACGAGAGCGUGCCGUGUGUUGUGCCUUGCACCCCACGCCGCUUCUUCACGAUGAUUACUCGCUUGCUCGACAUGGACAACAUUGUCUACACUGAGGGCCCGGCAUAUGUCUUGAACUGCACGCUGCCAGCCUUCCGCUAUACCAUCGAAGUUACCACUUCGUCCGACGUAAGAUCUCUGUUGGCCAACUGCGGAAUUACGCUGCGGUUUGUGCACGGCAACCGUUCCGAAUUCCCGGCGUACGCACAAGCCAUGCACGAGCUUAUUUUGAGGAGUGCUCGAGAAAUGAUUCUUCUUCCAUGAUUGUUUUUGUUUUCUAUGGGUUGCUUAUUUUUCUGUAUUUUUUUUCUGGAUGACGCUUUUCCUCCUCCCCCCCCUUAUCUUUACCACCUGAUCAAUGCCAUUGCCCUCCUUACCCCCUUUUUUCGUUCCUUCCACGUAGUGCGUGUAUUCAAUUUCGCGCUUCACCUCACCUCAUUUCCUCCCCAUUCUCACUCACCCCUUACUCUCCCAUCUGCAAAGCUAUGUUUCUUUUUUUUUUGGUCGGAAUUCCAGCGCCUGGCGUUCUGUAAACACACAAUGUACAAACAUCAUUUUGAAGCAUAAAAUCAACUCAGAUUGUAUCAUUACAAUUUCGCGACA